AUGGUUUCAUCUGCAGUCCAAACAGAGAAAAGUUAUUGUUUCGAGAACGUGACUGGAUCCUGCAUUAGAAUUACAUAUUCCCUGACAGUCCAAGGGAUACUUUAUGGUUUUCUUGUUUUAGGAACAAUGGUAACUAUUGGAGGAAAUUUGAUGGUAAUCAUUUCAAUCACUCACUUCAAACAGCUUCACUCUCCAACCAAUAUUUUGCUUGCAUCAUUAGCAACUGCUGACUUUUUAUUAGGACUAACGGUGUUGCCAUUUAGUUCUGUUAGAUCUGUUGACAGCUGUUGGUACUUUGGUGACGAAUUCUGUCAGUUUCAUAGCUGCUUGGACACAGCCUUUGGCAUAGCUUCUAUUUCUCAUUUAUUUUUGAUCUCAAUAGACCGUUACUGUGCUAUUAUUCAUCCCUUAAUUUACCAAACAAAAUUUACAUUCACAGUUGCAAUUUUUUUAAUUUCAUUCAUCUGGAUAACUGCAGUAGGUUUUCCAUUCUGUUUAGUUUAUUCAAAAGCAAACAUAGAAGGAUUAGAAGAACAAGUUCUUGCAGUAUCUUGCAUUGGCAACUGCCAACCUCUCUUCAAUGAAAAGUGGAGAAUAAUUAGCUUUGUAGCCUUUUUUCUUGCUUUCUUUGUAAUGGUUGGCAAUUAUGCUAAGAUUUUCCUGGUAGCAAAAAAGCAGCUCAAGAUGAUAGAGAAUAUAUCAGUUAAAAGUGAUAAAAAGCAUGAACGUCACUUUAAAGUUACAAAACGAGAAAGAAAAGCAGCAAAAACACUUGGUAUAGCCGUGGGAGCAUUUGUGGUUUGCUGGCUACCAUUUUUUAUAGAUGUAGUGAUAGAUACCUUUUGUAACUAUAUAACCCCUUCUCAUGUUUUUGAUGCCUUGCUAUGGAUCACUUAUUUCAAAUCUGCACUGAACCCUUUAAUUUAUUCUUUCUUUUACCCUUGGUUUCGUAAAGCACUUGGUCUUAUUUUGACAUGUAAAAUAGCAAGGUCUGAUUGCGCAACAAUUAAUUUAUACCUCGAAUAG